CGUGACUAUCUGGUACACUACGAGCAGGUUCGAGGUGUCAUAAAGCCCCACGAGCCGCAUUGGAACUUCGAGAAGGACUGUGUCCUCUCCGAUGAGAGCCUUUUGGGCCAGCUACUCACAUUUCGCCACUUAGCAACCGGAAACAAGAAUCCAGCUUUUACACCAGCAGUAAUGCCAAGAGCACAAACCUAA